AUGGAGUGCGUGGGAAUGCGCAUGCCGUACACAAAAUGGCGCCUGAAUGCAUUCCGACAAUUGCUAGCGACUUCACAUGCUCAGACAGUCAGCCGGGGCAUUUCGACCUCGCGACGAAUCGACCAACUCAAUGAAACUACGCUGAAAACGAAGACGAACAAUUCGGCACCGGACUCUGUACUUCCUUCGCAGCGGCUCCCGCAGUCUCCUCUCCUCACACGUCCUCGCCAUGGGACUGAGAAGAAUCGCAAGAGACGCCCCACGACACAGGAGGAAGCCGACCUGCUCAAGAACCCAUGGGCCCUGAUACUGGCUUCGCCGGCACGUAUGUGCUCUGUAACUGGUGCCCGACUUCCAUCAGCCCUGCUGGGGACUUGGGGGCUUGUUAGACAACCAGAUUCAGACAAGCUUCAUAUGAUGCCUGUGGGUCUGCUGCAGGACUCGCUGCAAAGCAAUAAGACCAAGAAUCUCGGCUCAUCACCAAAGCCAACGAUUCCAAGCCAAUAUGAAGGCCUAGCUAUGGGGAUACAAGGCCAGGAAGAGCAUUCCUUGGAUGAAUCACCAAUUCCAACAUCCCCGGAUAAGCAGACUGGACGCCAGCUCGUGCUUCGCAUUGCUGAGCUUCUUCCACUCAUUCGAUCUAUUUCAGUGCCACUAUCCAAGAAGGGCGGGAAAAGAUCAUCCAUUAUGCGGCUGUUGCCGUUCCGAUGGAAGCAUCCCCAGGGCCCUGUGACGGCGCACGAAGAGAAAAAGAUCAUCUGGUCGGAGGAUACUCCGGAAUUCACAUUGCGGAGUAUGAGGGGUGUCGUUGUCAAGAAGCUGGGUGCAGUCCUCGAGAAGUACAAGCGCGUCGGCAUGUCCAAUGGGGUCUGGAGGGCUCUGGAUCUACCCGAGUACUCGGAUGCUGCGCUGACGGAGGCUCUGGGAAGUCUAGAGCGGUUCGAUCGGAUGGAAUGUGGUGGAGUCCUGCUUCUUGGCUCAGAGAAUUCUGCCGCUUCUGGUCAUACGUCUCAAUCGAGUGGCUCUUUGGACUCGGUGGCUCUCACGCAAACCGGCUCGAAGGUUCCUGUGUUUGAUCUGUCAGUGCUCUUUUCUGAGUCUGAUAUCAACAAACUCCGUGAAUCCCACGCCCAGUUCCAACACACUGCACUGUUCUUUAGACCAGAGGAUCAGCUCGGUGUUGAUGCGAUGAUAUCCCUCUGGAAAAUCAAACGACUUCUUCAUGGUGUUGAGCUGACAGAGCAAUGA